AUGCUCGCCAGCGUGUCAGUAAGCAAGGAGCCAUGUGCCCACACUGCUCCAGCCGCAACGUCAACACUCGCACCGCAGAUCACGCGACUCCUUUCGUUGAAGACAUUCGACUUGCCGCAACAGCAAGCAGACGACCUCACGCACUCGGCGUCGGCGGUUCUACCCACUCCAACGUCAGACAUUCUGGCCGGACAUCCACUGAGGAUUCUGGUAGCACCGUCAGGGUUCAAAGAGAGUCUGGGCCCAGAACACGUGGCUGAUGCAAUCGAGGCAGGCAUCCGAAAGGUGCUCGAUCGCAGUUCUGUUAUCCUGCGCAAACUUCCUCUGCAUGACGGUGGAGAGGGCUUUGCUCGUGCAUUGGUAGCGGCCCAUGGCGGAUGUAUCGUCGACGUGCCAGUCACCGGCCCUACUGGAUCGGCGGUCGAAUCGCACCUUGGUUUUAUUGGCAAGGACAAGAAGGCGGCUGUAUUGGACAUGGCGGCAGCGGCAGGCCUCCGCUUGGUCCCGAAAGACGAACGCGACCCAACGAUCACCACUACUUAUGGGGUAGGUCAGCUUAUCAAGAGAGCGCUUGAUGCAGGGUCCACAAAGAUCAUCAUUGGAUGUGGAGAUUCGGGAACCUCAGACGGAGGGGCGGGAAUGCUCCAGGCUCUCGGUGUCCGGUUGCUUGAUGAAUAUGGUGAGGAAUUACCCAAAGCCGGCGGUGGUCGAUCGUUAGCCCGCCUAUCCAGCAUCUGCUGGGCUGAUGUGCAUCCUCGACUACAAAAGAAUGCUGCCGAGAAGGUCCAGAUAGAGGCCGUAUGCAACAUUAAGAAUGUGCUCUGUGGUUCCAAAGGAGUCGCGCGAGUGUAUGGGCCGCAGAAGGGAGCUACGCCUGCUCAAGUCGAAAUGCUCGCAUCAUCGCUUGAGAGGCUGGCGCAGGUUGCUCAGUCGACGCUUGGAGAGGACAUCUCUCAGACCCCAGGCAGCGGUGCCAGUGGAGGUCUCGGAGCAGGUUUGAUGUUGCUCGGCGCUACAUUGCGUGCCCGCGCCGAAGCCAUCAACGAGUACUUUGAAUUCGACCGGGUUUUCGAGAAUCAGUGGGAUUUCGUGAUUACGGCGGAGGGCGCUCUGGAUUUCCAGUCACCAAACGGAAAGAUGACGACAGAGAUUGCUCGUCGCGCAAAGCGGAACGGGGCGCAGGUGGUUGCACUAGCUGGUACCAUCGGGGAAGGAGCAGACGGCUGCUAUGGUGCAGGCAUCAAAGCCUUCACGAGCAUCCUCAGAGGGCCAGUGACCCUGGAACAGGCAAUCGUCCAGACUGAUGUAUUGGUCGAAGACGGCGCCGAGAAAGUGAUGCGCAUGAUCAUGGUAGGGUUGGCUCUUGGACGGCACCGCUGA